AUGGUUAAUAUUUUUGGAUAUAAAGUAUUACUAGAAGCUGAUUAUAGUGAUCGCUCUUCUCUUCAUUACUUAUGCAGUGGAUUGGUUGAUAAAUACUGCAUCACAGAAGUGUAUAAUAAGCUCAAUGCACCUUGUGAUAUACCUUUACUUUUACAAAUUCCUACAUUUAAUGUACAUGACAAAGAUGACAGACUGAAGGUAUUAGAGGAGUAUAGUAUUAAUACAAGUUCAUUAGAUUAUGAGGGUCGGUCUGCAGUACAUUAUGCUGCUUUAUCAGGUUCACCUACUCUACUCAGUUAUACUGUAUCUGAGUAUAGGUUGAAUGCCAGUCAACCAGACUACAAAGGUGUAGUACCAUUAGCAUUAGCUUGUAUGUCAGGUAGUAUCAAUGCAGUGGAAUGUAUUAUGAAUACUACUGACAUUGAUAUUAAUAUAACCUGUACUGAGGGUAAAACACCUCUUCAUUAUUCAUGUCGUUGUGUUAAUGUUGAUCUCAGUCAAUACCUCAUUGAAGUACAAGACAGUGAUAUUAACAUAACAGAUAACAAUGAAUUGAAUGCAUUAGACCAUAGUGCUAGGGGUGGUAACAUGAAGCUAGUCCAAUACCUCAUUAAUAAUAAUCAUCAAUUGCCUCUCACAUCAUCUGUGUUAAUUCAAGCAGUACGUAGUACUAAACUAUCAUUAAUUAAAUUAUUAGUUAAUGAAUAUAAACUAGAUCCUCAAGUUAAAGCUGGUAACGGUAUUCAAGCAGUUCAUUAUGCAGCUGAAGUUGGUGCUAUUGAUGUCUUAGAGUAUUUAGUGAAAGAUUGUGGAUGUGAUUUGGAUGAAGUAGAUGAAGCAAGAAACAUGAAUGUGUGUCAUUAUUCUACAUUGAAUGGUCAAUUUUCAUUUAUUAAAUAUAUUAUCAAAAAUUAUCCACAAUACACUAGUCUAUUACAUUCUACUAAUGUUAAUGAUACUCUACCAAUUCAUACUGCCUGUGAGAGUGGUGCAACACAACUAGUGACAUUUCUAAUUGAUGUAAUGAAAUGUGAUGUCACUACUGAAAAUAAGGAUGGCUCCACUUGUGUCACAUGGGCAUGUUCCUCUGGUAAUCUUGAUCUUUUAAAAUUAUUAAUAGAACAAUACAACCUUAAUCGUAAAAUAUUCAGCAUACCGUCAUCACCAGAAAUGGCAGUGUUAUCUGGACAUGUUCAUAUACUAGAAUGGCUCAGACAAGAGUAUCAUAUCAAUGUAGUCUCAUUUAAGAAGGGUGUAUUACCUUUUCAUGCUGCACUAUGUAACAAUUUGAAUUGUUUAAAGCAUUUAUUAAACAAUUAUUCAUUUGAUAUUAAUGCCACUGAUCCUACAAAUGAUACAAAAUCUACACUCCUUCACAUAGCAUGUCAGGAAGGACAUGUUGCUCUAGUUCUCUACCUCACUAGUCUUCCUCAGUGUGACCAUCUAGUGGAGGAACAUCAGUUGGAUCUCACUAUUAAAGAUUACAAUGGAAUGGCUCCAGUUCAUGUAGCCUGUGAAGAAGGAUCAUUGAAUAUAGUCAAGUACAUUAUAGACCAUUCACCAUUAUCUCUUGAUAUGACCGACUCUUUUGGACGCACUCCACUACUUAUUGCAGCUUUCUCUAAGAACCUUCCCAUCAUUCGUUACCUCAACAGUAAAAACUGCAACAUUUCUAUACUGGACGAUAAAGGGUUUAACAUAAUACACAUAUCAGCAAAGGAAGGGUCUUUGGAUAUAUUGAGGUUUUUCAUUGAUGGUGGUUACUGUAAUCCUGAUAUUACUGAUACUUCUGGUC